AUGCAACGUCACAGCGAAUUUUCGACUCAGGGAGAAGAAGUACAAGUUCGGCACGGAGACGAGCAUCAAGUGACCAAUACGCUACUAAACCCUCAGUCGUCCUUCUUCCUACUGCCCGCCGAAGUGCGCAACCAGAUCUACAACUACAUCUUUGCUAGCCACGACAUCCAUGCUGUCGAUGCACAAUUUUACACGAACCUAAAUAGCGCACCUGCUGAUCAUCGCUAUCAAAUCGACAUCAAACCACGCAGGGGUUCUUACAACAAGCCUAAAGAGGUAGCAACACAACCACCAUCAUCCGUCACCUGUCGAGAUCUCGUCGCUCUAACACAAGUCUGUCGACAACUCCACCACGAGACUGCAAGCCUUCCAUACAGCCUAAACCGCUUUUGUGGCCCUCCCGAGACUCUCCAUGCUCUUUUCUGCCGAAUGGAUCCCUUCAGUGCCAACUCAGUCAGGAGCGUGCUAGUUAACCUUGGCUCUACACGCCACACUGAGGGAUUCGCUGGGGGCCUGGUGCUAUGUCUUCACACGAAAACGAUUGUGACGGCUUUGCGGCCUUUGAAGUCACUGGAUUGUGUCUUUGUUGCUUUGCACGCGGGCUCGGAUGACUGGGCGAGGGCGACGAUCCGGGCACGGUUGGCCAAGUGCAGAAGCCCGUUUAGGGUUGAGUUUGUUGACGUGUGUGAUUGA